GCAGCCUAUGGGAUGUUCGCACAAACAGUAUUGCAUCCCAUCAGAUUCCUCAUCAGACUCGCAUUAUUUGUUUUCUCAAAGAUCACGAACGAAUGGAAAUAAGACUAACGUUUUUUCCCCCCAAUGUUGCUCUGGAUGAUGGUUGCAAGAUGAUGGCUGAUGGCUAAGAUCAAAAGUCAUACCUGAGAAACUUAAAUGGCACACAAAUGUCCUCAAGUGUGACUGCUAUCACUACUGAAACAUGUUGAAGUUAAAACCACAAAACAUGUUAAAAGUCAUGGAUGGUUAUCAUCUGCACAACAUUGACUGCACACCAAUCACUGCAGUUUGCUACUCAAACUUAACUUCGUAGCUUGCAUCGAGACGUCAUGACCAACGUGUUCCCAGCAGAAGAUAACAUAAGUUCAACCUUUUUUCCUGAGAACUGUCCCAACUGUACUGGGAUACCUGUGUUUGAAAUAGAUCUCACAAAGACACUGGCUUUGGGCCUGGUGCUGAUGCUCUUCAUAAUAUUCGGUGUGAUGGGUAACAUCCUGGUCAUCCUCUCCGUGGCCUGCCAUCGCAACUUUCGUUCCGUGUCGCAUUAUUUUAUCGCCAAUCUGGCCGUUGCAGACCUGCUUCUGAGCUCUGUGGUGAUCCCGUUCUCCGCUGUAUCUGAAGCCUUGGAACGCUGGGUAUUCGGCCGCCAUUUCUGUAAUGUCUGGGCCGCGCUUGACGUGCUUUGCUGCACGGCGUCCAUCCUCAGCCUCUGUGUGAUCUCUGUGGAUCGCUGCAUCGCCGUCAGUUACCCACUGCAGUACCCUUUCUGGGCUACGAGUCGAAGGGCACUGGCGGCAGUGGCGGCUCUCUGGGCUCUUUCGGCUGCCAUCUCUGUAGGCCCAUUGUUUGGAUGGAGGGAUCCAAUGCCGGAGGACGAGUCCGUGUGCAGAGUUAACGAAGAGCCGGGGUACGCCAUCUUCUCCGCUGCAUGCUCUUUCUACGUUCCGUUGGCGGUGAUUUUGGCAAUGUACUGUAGAGUGUACGUGGUGGCCCGGCGGAAGACUCGUUCCAUGAGUAAGAGCAGACAGAAGAAUGGGUUGACGGAGCACGGAGUAACCCUGCGGGUUCACUGUCGUAAGGAGGAAGCCGUCCACUUGAAGCACUCGCACUUCACCUUCAUGAUUAAGUUCUUCCAGAAGAAGAAGGCAGGCAAGACUCUAGGGAUUGUGGUGGGCUGUUUCGUGCUCUGCUGGCUGCCUUUUUUCCUAGUGUUGCCCAUAAGCUCAAUUUUCCCAUCUCACAGACCCCCGGACACUGUUUUCAAAAUUACUUUCUGGCUGGGCUACUUCAACAGCUGCCUCAACCCCAUCAUCUACCCGUGUUUCAGCCAAGAGUUCAAUAAAGCAUUCCAGAACGUUCUCCAUGGCCGCUGCCUCAGCAGAACGCACAAGACCUGGAGCCCUCCGGCCUCUUAUCGAGACCCCAUGAACCUGCACGGACCCAAAUCUCCGCAGGGUUUACCAUCUAGAUUUACUGACUCCUGGAGGACUACUAAUGAAUCUCCUUCUGCUGUGAUACUGAAUGAGUGCUCAUUUACUGCACAUGCACAUAGCAACAGUGACACAUCUCUGACUCUGAAAGUUCAUCAAGUUUCCAUAUGCAAGAUGGAAGGUGAGGCUCUAUGAAAUAUUUCUGAAAGAAUGAAAGACUUCAAAGGCAACCUUUGUAAGGUAUUUUACAAAGACAUUACGGUAACACUUUACAAUACGGGU